UUCUGCACAAUCAAAUUGGAAAAAUACCGGCACAUUGCAGGACAACAAAACACGAUUACCGUGAUUUUUGAUAUAGUUGUAUAAAGAUAAGCUCGUUGCAACAUGGAGGAUCAGGCAUGUCCGCGUUGCAAAACAACUAAAUAUCGGAACCCAUCACUCAAAUUGAUGGUAAACGUGUGUGGCCAUACACUCUGUGAGUCCUGCGUUGAUCUGCUUUUUCUCAAAGGUUCAGGUUCAUGCCCAGAAUGUCUGGUACCAUUGCGUCGUAACAAUUUCCGUGUUCAACUCUUCGAGGAUCCCAUGGUUGAGAAGGAGGUUGACAUAAGAAAACGUGUGCUACGGGAUUACAAUAAAAAAGAAGACGAUUUCGCAACACUACAAGAGUACAAUGACUAUUUGGAAGAAAUUGAAACUAUUAUCUACAAUCUCUGCAACAAUAUUGAUAUUAUUGGCACUAACAAACGUAUUGAAGCAUUUCGCCGUGAGAAUCGUGAUAUUAUACAACGUAACAAAACGCGUAUGGGGCGCGAAGAAUACGAAUUGGAAGAGAUGUUAGAAUUAGAGCGGGCACAAGAAGAAGCGCGUCGCCAGGAAUUAGCCGAACUAGAGACAGAACAUAAGAAGAAGAAAGCACGUGAGAAGGAAGCGCUCAUUGACGAAUUGAUGAGCAGUGGGAAAGAUGCGACAGAAAUUGUAAAUGAAUUUGCUGAAAAAGUGGAAAAGUUGCGCGAAGAAGAAAAGAAGGUGCCACCACCCAAGCCUGCUUCGCAAUUCUCGACGGGCAUACAAUUUGGACGUUCCAGCGAUCAAAUGUUCCUGCCAUUACCAAAGGCGGAAGAGGGGCCACUGUAUGUGCACAUUGCUCCGACACUAUACAUGGAAGGACCAGCUGCACCGCCUAGCAGUGAUAUAGAGACCAAGGGCUUCAUUGUACACGUACGGCCUGAGAAUACCGCUGAGCGUGCCGGUGGCUAUAAAGCGUAUAUGGCUUGUCAGCGAGCGUUGCAAGAGGCAAUGAUGGGUCUUUACCAUGGUGCGCCUUCGGCUAAUUGACAAGAGGCCGAAAACGGAGGUGUAAACGAUAUGAAGACGCUAAGCAGCAAUUAGAUUAAUAUUAAUGAUAGAAGAGCAAAGCUUAAAUGUGUGUAAAUGCUUGGCUAUAGAUAUUAAAGUAAUUUAUAAUAGACUUACAAAACUCGCUACAAUCCAAUGUUUCCUUGAAUACCUGCCGAGAAAUAUAUAAUUUAAAUAAAAAAAACUGUAAAAGUGAA